UUUUCUCCAUAGUAAUGGCUGGAAAAGGAAAUCCGAAGAAAGGUGGGGAACAAAAAAGAGAAAAACUACUUGUAGCAGCCAUUGACUUUGGUUCGACGUAUUCAGGAUAUGCAUUCUCGUUUAAAAACGAUUUUCAAACAAAUCCUUUGAAGAUUUAUACAAACAAUUGGUCGUCUGAACAGUCUGGUGGAAUCUCAUAUAAGGCGCCAACCACAGUUCUAUUAAAUCCAGACCAAACGUUCCAUAGCUUUGGAUACGAAGCGGAAGACAAGUACGCAGAAUUGACUGAAGCAGAAGAACACGAGGGAUGGCAUUACUUCAGUCGCUUCAAGAUGAAACUCAUGAAUGCACUGGAUAUUUCAAAAGAUCAGACCGGAAGUGACCGUCUUUUUACAGAAUUGAAGAGGGACAUGGAAAUAGAAGAUAUGGAUGGUAAAAAGAUGCCAUAUAUGACAAUAAUCGCUCACGCCAUUCGUUAUCUGAAGGAACAUCUACUUAAACAAUUAAAGGAAAAGAACUUGCUGGGGACAAUAACAGCAGACGGCAUUUUCUGGGUUAUAACAGUUCCCGCUAUUUGGACAGAUUCUGCUAAACAGUUCACAAGAGAAGCUGCUAUAGAGGCUGGUAUUUAUGACGACCUGUUAAUGUUGGCCUAUGAACCGGAAGCUGCCGCCUUGUACUGUCGUCUGCUCCCUAUUGAUAAAUUCGAGAGUGGAGGAGAACACCAAGAACUGGUCCUUCGAACUUUUGAACGAGGGAAAAAAUUUAUGGUCAUAGAUCUUGGUGGAGGAACUGUAGAUAUUACGGCUCAGGAAACGACACAAAAAGGCGAGGUGAAGUCAAUUUCCGAGGUGUGUGGGGGACCAUGGGGAGGAACCAGAGUUGAUGAAGAAUUUCUCCAAUUCCUGAUUAAACUUGUGGGAGCAGAGGUUCUAAAUGAAUUUAAAGACGAUUGCCGGUCCGAUUAUCUGGAUCUAAUGCGUACGCUAGAAGUAAAGAAAAGAAAAGUUGAUUCUCACUCAAAUCAUCCUGUUCAAAUACGAAUUCCACCACCUUUAUUUGAAAUUCUCGAAGAAAAAACAGAAUGCAAAAUUUCUGAAAUUGUUAAACAGUCUCCUUAUAAGACCUCAUUGACCUGUUCGAAUGAUAAAAUGAAGAUUAAUAUCAGUUUCUUCCGAACAUUUUUCAGAAACUCAUUAAAUGACAUAAUAACACACCUUAAAGUCAUUUUACAGAGUCCAAUCUGUGAAGGGCUGCUUGGUAUGGUGGUAGUAGGUGGCUAUGCUGAAAGUCCUCUAGUGAUUGAUAAACUAAAAAAAUCAUUUCCGGGGAAACGUAUCAUUGUUCCCAUGGAAGCUGGCCUUGCUGUCGCCAAAGGAGCAGUUCUAUAUGGACACAAUCCUGAUAUUAUUUGUUCACGAGUCUGUCGCUAUACAUACGGGGAUGAUGUUUGUAAACCCUUCAUUGAAGGAGAGCAUCCUUACAGUAAUCUGACUGUUUUUGACAAAGAAAAGUAUUGCAAAAAUAUUUUUCAAAAGUUCUUUGAAAAAGGUGAAAAAGUAUCCCUCGGCGAGAGACGAACGUUCACCACAGAAUAUGACUUUCGAGAUAAAAAAAGGGAGUAUCAACGAGAAGAACCAUUAAAUAUUAAGGUAUACGUCUCCAAAAGAAAAAACCCUGCUUUUAUUUAUGAUGUUGGAUGCCGAGUUUUAGGAGAAAUUACUGUGGAAUGCGCAAAGCAAAAGUGGCCUGAGGAGUUCACCUGUACAAUAGAAAUGGAGAUUGGAGGAACGGAAAUACAAGUGUCGGCAAAAAUGAGUACUGGCGAUAAAGCAACCGCCAAGUUUGACUUUUUGUGAUUUAUUAGUAAACUAUACUUAUAUCCAUAGCAUAUAUUUGCAACAACAAUACACUUUUCGCAUAUGUAGAAGCUAUAGGUGAAAUCAGUUAUUUAUUUGUUUAUUAUUCAUCAGAGCACUUUAAUUUAUUCCCUGGAAUAAAAUGUAAUUGAAAAGAAGUAACGGGUAUUUUCUGCGGUUGGAAAUUUUUUGCGAUUUGACCCCUGAAAGGUAGCAAAUUAAUUUCUGCUUUUUCAAUUUCUCCGGUUGCAUUAUAUCGCAAAAAUUUAUUUACGGGAUAUGAACAUCAAAUUUAAGGAUAUGGCAGUACACUGCCAUGUUUACGUUUUAUAAAUUAAUUUGCAGUCUGUUGA